UGCUUUGAUCCCAUGAGCUUGUUGGAUCUAACUUCUGAAUAAUAAUAAUAAAAAAGAAAAGAAAAGUUUAAUCAAAGUACUUCUAAAGUCAUAAAAUGAGAGAAACAAAGACACAAAACAGUGAGACAGCUGGCCUUAUGAAAUUUUUAAAUUACAGUUACUUUGCAUUAACUACUUCUUUCAAAGUCAGACACUUAUAUUUGACUCCAUAACCGUCUGAAAUCCAAAACUUCAAUCAGAGAGAUAAGAAUGGGCAAAGCCAUAGCCACACCAUUAUUAACAACUCAGAAACACUCAUAAAAAAAAUCCUAUAAAACACAGUAAGGGAAUGACAAUCCAAAGAUGUCUCUUUGUUGGGGCUCCCAUUUUCAUACUCAUUUUUCAUCUUCCAUGGCUGCAGUUUGCAUUUGGUUAUGGCUCGGUUGGGCCGAUUGCGGCUGCAUUUGGCGAAAAAGGGUUCUUCUGCGCCAUUGAUGCUAGUGGGAAGCAAGACAUCAUAUGCUGGGAUAAGGAAAACAAGUCCUCAUCAUCAACAACAUACUUCAAUUCUCUUCCAGCCAUGGUUUCGCUUUCGGGUGGUGAAGAAUUCAUGUGUGGCAUUACGUCCAACUCUUCCAAGGCUUAUUGCUGGAACUUGGAAACGAAUUCAGCAAUGGAUCUUGUCCCUGAAGCUUAUAAAAGCACCUCUUAUUCUGUAAUGGCGGCUGGAAAAGACCAUGUAUGUGGUAUUAAAGGAUACUACUAUGAAAAAAAUGAAGUGGGCAAUGUUGAUUGUUGGCAGUAUAUUAAAAAAAGAGAUAAUAGUUCAAAUGUAUAUGCUAUAUCUAAUACUCUUUUUUAUGACCCUUCAAUUAUUAAUGGUUUACUUUUAAGAAGUGUUGUUUCUGGGGAAGGCUUCAGUUGUGGUGUUGCUAAAGAUGGUGGUGUCAUUUGCUGGGGUCCUAAAUCUGGUAAUUUGGGGUCAUCCCCAGGUGAUCUUAUGUCCUUGGCUGCAGGUAGGAACUCUGUUUGUGGAAUCACAGCUAUGAGUGGUGAAGUCAAAUGCUGGGGUGAGGCUACUGAGUUUGAUUCUCCUCCUGUUGGGACUCGAUUUAUGAGCUUAUCAGUUGGAGCUAAACACUACUGUGGGAUAUUUGAGGACGAUCAUAGUGUCCAAUGUUGGGGAAGUAUUCAAUCCCCAUUGUCUGUUCCGAAGGGAUAUGGAUUUAUGGCAAUUGCUUCUUCAGAUUUCACCACUUGUGGGGUUAGAGAGGUUGACUUGGUUCUUGAUUGUUGGGGUGUUCAUGGUCAAUCCAAGCAAGAUUACACCCCACCAUUGCAGUUGUGUAGCCCGGGAGUGUGCUCUCCGGGCUCGUGUGCUUCAGGGAAAUUUGCAUUUAAUGCUAGUGUUGUCUUGAAUGAGGCAGGUUUGACUAGUUUAUGUGCUAGAAACGAUGUCAAAAUUUGCUUGCCUUGUGGAACAAAUUGCUCUCAAGGCCUUUUUCCUUCUAGCAUUUGUACUGAGAAUGCUAAUAGAGUAUGCACUGCUUGUUCACUUUGCCAGAACAGUUCUUGUUGGGAUAUAUGUAACAUUUCUUCUUCAUCUUUUUCCGGGAUUCGAGACCAAGAUAGACAAGAAUUCAUGAAGAAAUUAGUGAUCAUCAUUGGUUCAUUAGUCUCGGGCUCUUUACUAAUUCUGAUUUGCUGGUGUCUUUUAAGCCGAAUAAGCAGAUCAAAGAAUCAAGAAAAAGGUAGAAGCUGUUGCUUUUUGUGUGCAGGAAAGCAGGCGGUAGAGGCUGACCCUGAAACUAAUUCACAAACAUCUGUUUCUGUACAAACCUGCAUUGCAACAACACAAGUGUUUCGGCUUUCCGAGCUCAAAGAUGCUACUCAUGGAUUCAAGGAGUAUAAUGAGUUAGGCAGAGGAAACUUUGGUUUUGUCUACAAAGCUGUUCUCUCUGAUGGCAACCAAGUAGCUGUCAAGAGGGCUAAUGCAGCCACCAUAAUUCACACAAACACAAAGGAAUUCGAAGCAGAACUCGAAAUACUAUGCAACAUGAGGCACAGCAAUAUUGUAAACUUGUUGGGAUAUUGUGCAGAGAUGGGGGAACGAUUACUUGUUUAUGAGUACAUGCCUCAUGGCACCCUAUAUGAUCAUCUCCAUGGAGAGCUUUCACCUCUUGAUUGGAAUUUAAGGUUGAAAAUCACAUUGCAGGCUGCGAAAGGCCUCGAGUACCUUCACAAACAAGCCAAGCCACCUAUUGUUCAUGGUGACAUGACAACCUCUAACAUCCUUCUUGAUGCAGAAUGGGGUGCAAGGAUUUCAGAUUUUGGGCUGCUAAGUACUACUACUACUGAGAAGGACCAAAAUGUAAACAUGGAAAGUGAUGUUUACAAUUUUGGGAUUGUUUUGCUUGAGAUUUUAAGUGGAAGGAAAGCUUAUGACAGGGAUUGUAGCCCUGCAGGAAUUGUUAAUUGGGCAUUGCCAUUAAUAAAAAGAGGGAAAGCAGCAGCCACUGUUGACAAGAAUGUGGCUCUUCCAAGAAAUGUUGAACCAUUGCUUAAGCUUGCAGACAUAGCUGAGCUUGCACUAAAGGAAAUUCCCGCCGAGCGGCCGAGCAUAUCUGAGGUUGUGUCUUUGUUGGAUCAGACUAUGAAAUGUGGAAUGACAAUGUAAAAAACAUGCAUUACUCUCUAGCAAUUUAAGUACCAAUAUGACAAUCUUUGAAUGUGUA